AUGUACGAUUAUGCUCAGGUCCAUGUCUUGUACACCAUCCCCCCGGCUAUAGCUUUGACUAUAGUCCUUGGGCCCCUUUUUACUCGGCGGGACAUCUUCAAACUUGGUUUCCUACUGGCAGUGGCUGUCACGUAUACCAUUCCAUGGGACUCCUACCUCAUCAGAACUGGAGUUUGGACCUAUCCCUCAGAUGUCAUUCUGGGACCAAAACUGUUUGACAUCCCCGCCGAAGAGUUGUUUUUCUUCGUGAUUCAAACAUAUAUCACGACAUGCUUGCAGAUCCUAUCGAACAAAUCAGUAGUUACUGCAACCUUUUUGCGUAAUGAAGAGGAUCGUCGAGAUGCAGUUGGUAGGUCGUUAAAGAACUGGAAAUGUGCAGGCCAAAUCAUUUUCGGACUGUGCUCGGUAUUACCGAUUGUUGCGCACGGCGGCCAGUCCACAGGUACAUAUAUGAAGCUUAUUCUUGGAUGGUCUGCCCCUGUUCUGUUGGUGCUCUGGACCUUUGCCUAUCAGCUCCUCGUCGCGUUACCCUGGACCAAGACAUGGUUGCCGGUAUUCAUCCCGACUCUCUACCUCUGGGUCAUUGACACGCUCGCUCUACGCAGAGGCACCUGGUGUAUCGAGUCGGACACUAAGCUUGGUAUCCAAGUAUGGCCUCACCUCGAUAUUGAAGAAGCCGUCUUCUUCUUGGUCACAAAUACUCUGGUCGUUUGGGGUUCAUUUGCUUACGACAACGCCGUUGCGGUACUGGAUGCCUUUCCUGAUCUAUUUCCCUCCGUGGCAGGCACACCGUCCCCUGCCAGUUUGCUGCAAGCUCUCUUCCUGCCUACGUCAGAAUAUGACACAGCGCGCAUUCAAAGUCUUCAAAAUGCGUUAGCAGUCCUUGCACGGAAAAGUCGAUCUUUCUAUUUGGCAUCCGGUGUCUUUACUGGACGGCUGAGGAUAGACCUAAUCUUGCUGUACGCAUUCUGCAGAAUUGCUGACGAUUUGAUUGAUGAUGCACCAUCGUCAGAGGAGGGAGAUAUGUGGGUGCAACAUUUUUCCAAUUUCCUGGACUCGGUUUACUCCACCGAGCAUGACCCAGAACGUUUUGAGCAGGCGCUUGCCCCUUUCCCGGCCAAAGCCCAGUCCAUCCUGGUAUCUCUGCCUACCAGCAAAUUGCCACCAGAGCCACUGUACUCACUUCUCGAUGGCUUCCGUAUUGAUCAGCAGUUCCUGAGAGGAGGGCCGCAACAGGGUCUACCCAUACAGACCUUCAGCAACCUCGAGCGAUAUGCAUCGUGUGUGGCAGCGACAAUUGGCGAGUUGUGUUUGAGUUUGGUCUACCAGCAUAACCCAGACCGGCUCACAGACGAGGCAGUCCAACAAAAGUGUCUAGCAGCUGGCGGGCAAAUGGGAAGAGCUUUGCAGUAUGUCAACAUUGUCCGGGAUGUUGCCACCGAUGCCCAAGGCGGGAGGUGCUAUAUCCCAAACGAAUGGUUCAGCAACCCGUCGGCUACUUCUCCUGACAUGCACAACCAGGAAGUCGCACAUCAUCGGAAACUAAUUUUGGACAUUGCGUUUGAUACAUAUGCUAAGAAUCGAGACGCAAUCGAAGAUCUGCCCCGGUACGCACAAGGUGGUGUCCGCGUUGCUGUGGAGAGCUAUAUGGAAAUCGGGCGGAUCCUGCGUGAGCGAAUGCAGCAGGGUAAACCCCUAGAUUUUACAGGGGGUGGGAAGAAAGGAAGAGCAAGUGUACCAAGAUCCAGAAGGAUAUGGGUAGGCUGGAAGACAAUGGCAGGUUGGAGAGGGCCAACUUGA